UGGAAGCCAUUACGUUGCGCACAUCAAUUGAGUAAAUCCUACUAUUUUUGCGUACAAUACGCACAAUUACCUCUCCUAAAGAGGAAUUUCUGCAAUUAUGGCAUCGGUCGCGAAAAAGAGAAAAAUGAAUUUCUCGGAGAGAGAGGUGGAAAUUAUUGUGGAAGAAAUAGAGAAACAAAAGCACACACUGGUUAACCACUUCAAUGCUGGAGUCACCCACAUGGCAAAGAAUAACGCCUGGGUGGAUAUCCUGAAAAAGGUGAACGCUGUCACCACCUGUCCCAGAGAGUUGCCCGAGGUGAAAAAGAAGUGGUCUGACAUGAAGACGGAGGUCCGGCGGAAAGUGGCCCAGGCGCGGGCUGCUAUAGAGGGGACCUCCGCGGACUGCACUCCAGUUCCCGUCAUCCUCACUGCUAUGCAGCAGAGGAUCUGUAACCUCCUGGGGGAGGCCACCAUCAUCAGCUUACCUGCAGGAGACUCGGAUGCUGAGAUAACUUUACCUGUCACAGUGAACACCGCCACCACCGUCACACUAGCAGAGACUCUUCCUGCUGGCUCAGGUACAGUCUGUGAUGAAGCAAAGCCACUGAAUGCUGAAACAACUUACCACACUCUGGAGGACGCAGGCGUGGUGGAGUACUGCACCACCACUGUAGGCGACUCCACUCCCACUGUGGUGGCGGCCGUUGAGGCCCCAGUGGAAAUGCUGGCCUCAUCCUCAGCAUCCCCGCCUCCGCCUCAGAGUCAGGCCAAACCUCAGGAGCUAAAGAGUCGCAUCGCCCUCAACUCAGCCCGCCUGCUGCAGGAACAGAGAGUCACCAACGUCCACAUCCGACAGAUAGCCCAGCACCUGGAGGGCCAGAACGAGCUGCUGCAGAUGAUGCGGCGCUCCCAGGAGGCUCAGGCAUUCGCCCAGGAGAGACAGGCCUUGGCCCUGGAAGGUACCCAGGCUGCCCUGCUAGCAUUAGUGCAGAUGCUCAAGCCUGCCCUCAAAGACCUGCGCAAAUUCUUGCAGAGUGGGACUGAGGUUGUAAACCCCAGCAGCUCAGCAGCAGGACUGACGGCUGACGGGACAGGAAUAGAGGAGCAGAGCAGGCCCAAAACACCUCCACCUCCUCCACAGCAAGCCGAGGAGACACAAUAGACAGUGUGUGUGUGGCCCUGCCUCCUGUCUGCAUUGCACAUAGAGAACAAUGAAAAGCUUGUCAAAAGUUGCCUUCUGCAUGUACAGAGUUUUACUUGUGUUUUACAAUUUUGGAAAAACAGUCACUUUCUAUCCUUUUCAGCAUUGAAAAUGCGUAUGUUGAGAGCAUUAUUUUACCAUUUGUUAAUAAUUAGCAGUGAGUUUAUGUUAUUUAAUACCUUGGAUUUGAUAUUGAAAUUUGGUUUUAAUGCAAAGGUCUAGAAGGUUAUCACCCUGAUGUGGGCUGAACAUUUAAUUCUUCAAGUUAUCCCGCAGUUUAUCCUGAAUGAACAAUAAUCAGUUGUUUUUAGCACCAGUCAGCUGGGGUCCUCAGUUAGUGUGCACUGUAUCUUCAGAACUGAUUAAAUGUGAAGAAAUAUCA